AUCAAACAGCCGGAUAAAAUGGCCGAAGAACAGCCCCAGCUUCGGGCUCCAUAAUGCGCGCCCUCGCGCAUCCUCGUCUUGGGCCACUCGCAGCCGUCCGAUCAUCAUCCGACGCCCCACAAUGCCCUGCUCUCCUCCGACCUGCUCUCCCCUUCCCCGCUGGCCGCCUCCGCCGCUUGCCGGAGCUCUCGCCGCCGGCCACCCGCCAUCGCCGCCCCGUGCCUCCCCCCACCGCGACGGUCGCAUCCGGUGACGCCGGCGGCGGCUCCUUCCUCGAGCUCACCUGCCCCGCGGACUUCGCCGCCCCCGGCGGCCGAAUUUCCGUCGUCGGCUUCGGCUCCCUCCUCUCCGAGCGGAGCGCGAGGAGCACGUUCCCGGACCUGGAGGGCUUCCGCGUGGCGGCGCUGAGGGGGUUCCGGCGGGUGUUCGCCCACGCUGCCCCCAUCUUCUUCGAGCGCGGCAUCGCCGUCGAGGCCACCAAGGAAUUCUCAAGCCUAAGUGUGGGGCCAUGCGAGGGGGAACUGAUAGUAGUCAUUGUAUUCGAAAUCAAGGAGGAGGUGGUGCCAGCGUUUAUCGAGAGGGAACAUGAAUUUAAAUUUCUUGCGGUUGUUCCUGAAGGAUUGCAUGGAGUGCCAUUUACAAAUCAAGCAGUUGUCUGUGCACGCUACAGCGAUGAAGAAUAUUUCAAAGAGAGAUGCCAAGUGACCGAGACGCCGGAGGACGUACCCGUUGAGCCCGCCGAGUUCGUUGAGACCGAGCCAGGAGCCGAGUGUGUGGUCGAGCAAGAAGAGAACCAAGGUGAGCCGGAAGUGGUGUUUGGCCAUUUCUACCCCGCCGAACCCGGCGCGGGCGAGGAAUAGGUCGAUAUGGUCAAUGGCGUCCUUGAGCAAGACGCCAUUAAUAUUAUUACUUAUCGUUAUCUUUCCGCUGCGUAUCGUAUUUGGGAUAUCAUGUUGAACAUUAAACUUUAUGGUUUUUAUAUCUCCUAUGUUAUUUGUGAGCCCGAGGCUUGUAUCCCUUUUUCGCACCUUAAUAGACUUGGAACCUUUCUUAUGUUAAA